AUGAAAGCGGGGGGUUUUUUUUUUGUUUACGACCAACCCUUGUCGAGAUACGCAGACACUUCGCAAACAAUACAUCAUCAAUUGGGAGAAAAACAAAUUCGCACUUUUCCUUCCGUUGCCAAUAUACUAGAAGAAACAACAACAAAAACUCAAAAAGUCACACAAAGGAAUUGUCAAACGCUACCGAUAAAACCUUCUAAAAGAAAUUUUGUAACGCUAUUUGACCUUCCCUACAAACGCACACGCACGCACACCUUCAGGCCAGCUAACCAGUCAGCCAACCAAUCAGCCGCAUUUAAAGGUCGAGAUGACACUUUUACGUAA